GUUCGCGGUUAAAGAACAUUGAACCAAUCACGUUCUUCGUACUGAUAAUCGAUUCAUCGAUUGGUUGAUUAUUAGCUAUAAAUCGAUCUAUCAAGUCACAUGACUAUUUCAACCAAUAGGGAUAAUCGAAUAUUCAGUAUCUCGUUUACCGCUAUUAGUAUCUUUGGAGAAGGUUAUUGUUUUUACAGUACUCCCACGCUUUUAUUCCUACUAUGUAUUGAAAGUACCAGUUGCCGAUCGUUGUCCAUUGUUGCACAUUGCAGUUUUGCUGAAAAAAUGUCCAAUGUUAACAAAUUAUUUCAUUUUAUAUUUUAAAAUAUGGACAGUGAACAAAAGAAAAACACCUCGCCAACCAAAAUAACAAAUGAAGAUACUGAAAAAAAGAAACACAAGACAGAUAUUGGAUUGUCCACAACAGAGGCUUUAAAUAUUUUACAAACUGAUAUUCUUUACGUCUUACAAGAUUACGAACGCAGAAAAGAAAACGAAUACAAAAUAAACAAAAAAUACAAAGCUUGGCUAAAGGAUGCAUUACAUCAUCGUAGUCAAUACACAACUCUUUGUUGGACAUCAGCAAUUGCAUUGUUAAUCAAUGGACUCACACUUAUUAUUAUAUAUUUGUUUAUAGGUGAAAAAUGGUACUCAACACUGCCAUAUGAAGGAUUGGUCAUUUGUUGCUUAACAAUUUUAAAUUUUAUUCUAGUUGUAUCAGAUAACAAACUGCGUCAUAAUGAAAUUCCUAGUAGAGUUUACGUUCUUCUUAAACAACUUGAAAAUGCACAAGCUAAAUGUAAGUGGAAUAUUGAAAAUUAUCCACAUUUAUGCACACCUUUAUCACCAUGUUUAACUUUACAAUGGACAUAUCGUGAUGGCCAAAUAGUUAAUUUACCUUGGGCAUUAUUAGUUGUUGGAGAUAUAAUUGUGAUGAAACCUGGUCAACAGUCUCCUGGACAUUGUAUUCCAUAUAAUGAUCGUAAUGGAUCAUCUUUAUACACAAGAGAAGUUUAUAGUCCACCAGUCCAUAGUGUUAAUGAAAUAUUUUCAACACCACAAGCAAGAAUACCUUUGAAAAAUAAAUUAUACGAAUUGCAAGAAACUCCAUAUGUGACAAAUCUAAAAAUGGCUUUAGAUCAGGCUCUUAAUAGGCCUGUUACCUAUCAUAAUCGCAAACGUUACCUUGUAAUGAUUUGUUAUAUAGAACAAUUGGCCUAUCCUCUUAUUUUAACUUUUAUUGUGGCCUUUAAUUUGUUUCGUUACUUAUAUCUGUCAGAACGCUUUGGUAUAGGAACAUGGGUUGAAAUGUUUUUACUGCAACCAAUAGCGGUAACUCUUCCAUUGUUACCAGUAAUUUUUCCUAUUUGUUGGAUUUUUCUAAACUGUAUGGGAAUGGCACGUUUCAAAGCACUAUGUAAACUUUAUCAAUCUUCAAAAAAACUUCAGUUUGUAGAUCCUUUUGAAGACGCAGAUAUUUCAACUCCGACUCAUCCAGAAAUAAUUUAUAAUUGGUUUGAAUUGAAGGAACAUUUUAUAAAUAUUCUUUGUGGAAAAGAGCAUAUGAUGUCAAGAUCUGCAAAUAUUCUUCAUGUUUUGGGUUCUGUCACAGCAUUAUGUUGUGUAGAUAAGAAAGGCAUUCUUUCUUGGCCUAAUCCUACUGCAGAAAAGGUUUUCUUCCUGCAUAAUAACAAUUCUUUCUCAGCAGCUUCAAGCAAUGACAGUUUAGGACAAACAGAACCUAUGCCCAAUGAAGAAAAUACGAAGGAAAUUUCAAAUAGGGAAUGUUUUAGGCAACAUGAAUUAUCUCAUUCUACAGCAGAAGUAUUGGAUCUAACGCAUGAUCGUGCCUUGCCAUUUCGUUUACAAUUUGACGAUCAUUCUUGGAGGAAACAUUUAAAUUCAUUAAAACCUCUAGGCUUAGCAAUUCUUUUGAAUACCUGUAAUAUGGAAACUCAAGAACAUUAUACUCAAUUUUGCUGUCAUGUUACUUGUGAAGCUCUUUAUAAUGAAAAUCUUGUCCCGGUUACAAACAGACGAUGUUUAUGUGAAUUGGCGAAGCAAAUAGGAUUUCGAGAUCAAGCAGAAAAAAUAUUUCAAUUAGAAAAACAAUUAUCUACAUUCAGACAUGUGCAAGCAGACAAAGUUAAAAGAGAUAUUAAAUUUGCACGAUCUCUGAGUAUUGCAACCAAGUUAAAAUUUCCAUUUCCACAUAUGGUUGCUGUAAUUGUUAAAGAACGUAAUAGUGGUAGUCUACAAUUAUUAACACAAGGUACUGCAGAUAUAAUUCUAGACUCGUGCAUUGAAUUUUGGGAUGGUCAUGAUCUUUGUCCCCUUUCUGCAUCUGAUAGGAAAAAGGUACAAGAUUUUUAUCAAAGAACAAGUUUAACAUCAUAUUGUACUGCAUUUGCUUAUAGACCAUUAACUAAAGGCGUUAAUAAUAAUAUGCCAGAAAUAUAUAUAGAACUUCCUGCAGACAGUAAACAUUUAUAUACCACACAUAGAAGUCCAACUCCCUUACCAUGGGAUUUUAGAAAUGUUCUUGAUCCUAGAAUAAAAGGAAUGCUUGGACAAUUUCAUUCCACAGAUUCAUUAUUGUGUAAUGAAAAUAAUGAUGAUGAUGUAAAUGAUGUUGAAAGUUGUUUCGAACUUCAAUGUAAUCAAAUAUUUAUUGGAAUGGUGACUAUGCAGUAUCAAGCUCAGACUGACAUGGUUCAGUUAAUUGAACAGCUAGAAAGAGCCUGCAUAAGAUUUGUUCAUUUCAGUAAAGAAAAUGAAUUACGUUCUCGUGUAUUCUCGGAAAAAAUGGGACUUGAGAGUGGAUGGAAUUGUCACAUAUCAUUGCUCACAGAGAGGACUAGGUCAGAGAGUCCAGUGGGUUGUUGGGUGAGCCAGGCAGCAGCCGUGACCUCACCCACUCCCUCAACGCCUCAAUGCCGUCAGCAUAAAUACUCUUGCAUGGAACAGGCCAAGCACUUGCUUAAUCAUAUAUCUCCUCGCAGUAACUUGGAUAGCAGUCGAGCAAUGAGUGUAUCUGCACCAAGUGCUAUAAAUACCGAUAUGUCCACCGUGAGGUUUGAAGAUGAACCUGCUGAAUGGAACUAUAAUAGGCCAGAUCAAGCCAAAAGCACCAUGAGCCAUAGGGAACAUAACACUGUAAGAAGCGAAAACAGUGUGCUCAUGCACAGUGUUGAUUUAGGAUCUGGUCAGGAGGCUUGGCAAUCUUUAAGUUGCCUUACUGAUAGCACAGAGCAAAGUGCUCCCGUUCAUUUUGAUUUAUCUAAUCGAGCUAAAUUACCACGAGGUAUUGAUAAAAUACGACCUCAUAUAGAAUUGAUAGACAAUGUCCCUUUGUUGGUAUCUUUAUUCACCGAUUGCACUACUGCUGUGACCCGAGAAAUGUUACAUAUUAUGCAAGAUUAUGGCGAAGUUGUAUGCGUUCUUGGAUCAUCUGCCAAUGCUGAAAAUAUGCCUAUUUUUAUGCAAGCCGAUGCUGCAGUUGCAGUAGAACCAUUGUACCCACAAGUAUGUCAAAAAAUACCAGUGUUAGCACAAACUAGGCCUGAUCAAGGACCAUCUCCUGUUGACUUAAGUAGAACUUUAAAUUCUGUUGCUUGUUCAUUGAGUGUAAAACGUGAAGAUCCAAUUACUAUUUUUCAUCUUAUCAUGGAGGCACGUCAUUAUAUGAAAUGUUUAUGGAAUUGUGUACAAUUUUGGUUGUGCUGUACAGUUAGUCUUUCAUUUGCACAAGCAAUAUCUGCCAUUCUGCUAUUACCGCCUUUAUUGUCUGUAUCUCAAAUUGUAUGGUUAAGUUGUUUUAUUAUACCAAUUUUAUCGAUCUCCAUGAUAGCUACUCCUAUGGAUUCCACUAUAAUGCAACGAGCAACAGGAAAGAAUCAGUGCAUAAUAAACGGACAAGUUGCAAUUUUUGUAUUGUGGUGUUAUGGUAGUAAAUUCUUGCCCACUAUUAUAACGGUAGUUUUAUCACAAUACAUUUCAUUUUUGGUUUUAUGUCCAAUGUACAAUACAACCGACUCUAAAUGUGUUUAUAUAUAUCCUGAUUUACAUGGGAAAGAUAUUUGGGGUGGUUGGGGUUCUAAGCCAAAUGUUAUGUUGGCGAUACAGCAUUUCGCUUUAGCAAUAUUAGUUUUACAUUAUGUAACGAUAUCAAUAGGAUUUGUACAUAGAGAGUAUUCCAUUUGGAAAAAGAGAUCUACGAACAAUUAUUUGUGGUUUAUUAGCGCAUUUAUAGUAAUUUGUGCACAAGCAGCAUUCUCAGGGCAUGUAUUCAGUCGUUUUAUAAAAGAGGAGGGACCACAAAUAGAAAAUUUUUCUCUACAUUUACCAUUAUCGUACUUAUUUUCUUUGCCAUUAGUUUUUGCAAUUAAUGAACUUGUUAAAUGGCAAGAGAUAAAACUAAACGUUAGAUAUCAAAAACGGGCCCGUUUGGAAUUUGGUACAAAACUUGGGAUGAACUCACCGUUUUAAAGACUAAUAUUUUUCUAGACAGCAAUCGGUACAAACACACAUGUAGUUUUUAAUGUUAACUAUUAGCGUGUGAUAGAAUUUGAUUGUACAUACGUAUUAAUUUUAAAUGUUAUAAAUUACGAAUCUGUCAAUUCGAUAAAUAAUUUCGUUUUCUUUUGGAAUGCGUAUGUAGAUCAAUUAUUUACUCAUAAUUGUAAAUUUUUUUUACGCCGUAGUCAAAAUGAAGAAACUAACAUAAAAAUGCUUUUUUUAAAUAAUAAGUUAGAUCUUUUUAAUAAGUAUCAAUGAAAUUUGUUUUUUUUUUUGUCAGUAUUUGGAACUACUGUUUUACUGUAUUGCUAUUAAAUACUUGUAUAUUUAGAAGUAUUAUUGAUGGUAUUUUUGUUAUAUGGUGAUGAAAGCAUUUUAGGUAUAAAAAAAAUUAAAAACUAUUGAACAGUAUGCAUCUCCCAUUUGAAUUGUUCAUUCUCUGACUUUAUUAUUUGUAUUUUUACUUUAUAAUGUAAUUUGAGAGAAUGUAUUUGGAAAAGUCCUUUAAAAAAAUUUGACAUAACUUCAAUUUGGACCAAUCAUUUAAAUAAAAUGGUGAUAUAUCGUUGCAAAUUUUCUAUAUUAAUGUUGCGUACUGUUAUGAUAAAAAUUGUCUUAAAAUAAAACGUGUGAUAAGAGUUGAAACGGCAACAAACGAAUAAAAUAUUAAACACCACUAGCGCUGGAAAGACGUGCCACGCACGUCAUGAUGCUUUUGUCGUAGAAUCGCCAACGACGUGGUAUGCACGUCGUAAUUUAAUGGCACAGAGAAAGAAACAUGACGUGAGUGGCACGCGCGGCGGUAAAUUAUUUGCCGGCAUAAGAAUACGUCUUUAAAAGUGAUAGUUCAAAUCAUGCCAGGAAAAAAUAAUUAUAUCUAUCAGUCUCAUGUUUUUUGCCAAUUAUCAGAUGUCUACGAUGAUGUUUAAAGCGUUAAUGAAGCAAUCUUUCUUGAAAUAUAGAAACGUAAUUGAUGAUUGUAAAUUAUUUUGAGGAGAAGUUGAAUACUGAUCUUUUGUAAAUAAAUAUUCAUUUUUG